AUGAAUAGUUGAGGUUGAUAAAUAAAACAGAUAUCAAUUAUAAUUACAACUGAAGGAAAAACCGGUUCUGAAAUUAUGGAACAGUACCUAUGAGUGAGCUUAUAUUUUUAAAUUUUAGUGAACUGAAUAGGUACUAGGUAGAAAUGAAUAACACAUGGCCAAUGAGCAAAAUAAUGUGAUGUCGAAAUGGAAUGUAAUAUUGGGAUCAAUAACGGCCCUAGCUGCCGUCGUGGUAUUUCUUGUUGUAGGAAUAAAAGCCAUACAGAUCAAUUUAAACGACACUAACAGACGACUAGAAAUGGUUCAUAUCAUUAUGAGACAUGGCGAGAGAACACCUGCCAGUACGUAUCCUAACGAUCCCCAUAAAGACAAUAAUCUUUAUCCUAUAGGUUGGGGUCAGUUAACUAAUAAGGGAAAAUUGACUUUAUACGAAAUUGGUAAAUACUACAGAGAACGAUAUGGUAAAUUUGUUGGAGAUAUUUACUCUCCCGAUGAAUAUUACACUCAGUCCACUGACGUAGACAGGGCUAAAGCUAGUAUGCAGUUGGUGAACGCCGGUUUUUGGCCACCAAAAGGAGAUCAAGUUUGGGGACCAUUAAAUUGGCAACCUAUUCCUAUUCAUACCGAACCACUAGAGCAAGACAGUUUGUUGCUUGUGAGAAAACCGUGCCCUAAAUAUCACAAAGAAAAAGAGAAAGUUAAAAAAUCUAAGGAAGUACAAGAUUUGCUAAAACAAUACGAGGAACUGUUCAAGGAAUUAACUGAUAUAACAGGACAAGAAGUUCACGAUUUUGAGGAUGUUCAAGAUAUUUAUACUACACUACAAGCGGAGGAAAAAUUUGGUUUAAACUUACCCAACUGGACACAUAACUAUUAUCCAUCGAAGAUGCACUUUCCUACUGUUAGAAGUUUUGUCCUUAAAGCUUUUAACGAUGAUAUGAACAGAUUGAUUGGUGGUGUUUUACUCAAAAAACUCAUGGAAGACUGGACAACGAAAAUAGAAGGAAAAAAUAAUUUCAAAGCUUUCCUUUACGGAGGUCAUGAUCAGACUGUUGUAAACUUACUCAGUACAUUAAAAAUUUGGGAUGAACAGUUACCUGAUUAUGCAAUUACCGUAUUAUUUGAAUUAUAUAAAGAUACUAGCACUGAUGAAUAUGGAGUUGAAAUUUAUUUGAGAAAUUCCACCCAAGUACCACCUUUCAAGUUGGUAGUACCUGGUUGUACUAGCUUUUGUCCAGUACCUAAACUGAAACAACUCACAAAAAAUGUCAUUCCUGACAAUUGGGAAGAAGAAUGUCAAAUUGAUGACAAGAAUUAUGUGGUUCCUUCUUUAGGUGGGCCGUAGAAUUCAAGAAAAAACUUUUUACUUAAAUGUUAAUAGAUUUUUGUAGAUUUAAUAAAAAUAUUAAGUUUU